AUGCCAACCCAACCCGACUCACCCAACACGUUGACCCAAAUGUUUCAGAACAUUUUUUCAGACAACAGUAACAUCAUGCUUGCAGCCAUCAUUUCCCUUCUCCUUGUCAUCCUCUUUGUCCUCCUUCUCCACCUCUAUGCCAAAUGGUUCCUUGCUCAGGCCCAGGCUCAGGCACACGCCCGCCGUCGCCGACGCCGACGCCGAACGACGGUGACUGUCUCCGACGUCCUUGGCCCGGCAAGGUUCCACCACUUCCACAGCUUCAACAUCGAAGACUCCUCACCCCUCUCAACCAAAGGCCUUGAUUCUUCCACCAUUAGAGCAAUUCCUCUCUUCAUCUAUGAGCAUAACAACAAGGCCAACGAAAAUGAAGAAGAAGAAGAAGAAGAAGAACUUGAAUGCGUGAUUUGUUUGAGUGCCUUUGAGGGAGGUGAGGUGGGAAGGUGUUUGCCAAAGUGUGGCCAUGGUUUUCAUGUGGAGUGCAUUGACAUGUGGUUGAGUUCACACUCCAAUUGUCCUAUUUGUAGAGCCCCCAUCGUAGUAAGUGUUGUUGAGAGUGAUUCUUCUCAGGUUGUGUCUUCAAGAGAUCAUGGUGAUGAAUACGGUGGUUCUGAUUUUGAGAUUGUGGUUGAUGCUGGUUCUGAUGAGACUAGAGCGAGUGAGCAUGGGAAUGGGAAUGGCAACGGAGGAGCAAGAGCAAGUGUUUCUGUGUCAGAAACUUCUUCAUCGUUUUUUGGGUGCUCUUUGGAGAGAAUGCUUGGCAAGGUUUUCCCAUCGACUAAUUAA